CUUCAACUCUGUUAUAGACUCAAAGUACCUUCCCUGCUGCAUGCUACACGUGUUGCUUUUCCUGGUUUCUUGCUGGACGAGGGAAGGUCACGUCGAAAAGCAGUAUAAUGCAAAAGGAUACCGCAUAAUUGAUUGAUGAGCUUGCGAUGAGGCUUUCUACGUGGGCAGUGUUGUUAUCAUAUGGCAUUGUCGCAGUGUUAGCUGCAUCGAGUAGCGGUAGCUCCUCGUCUUCGACGAUAGCCCCGGCUUGUGGUUUGAAAUGCAUCACAGUAGAGGCGCUGCAGUCCACUUGCGGACUCAACACGACAUGUAUUUGCACCAACGAAGACUUAAAAGCCAAGAUUGAAACUUGUUCUUUGGCGAACUGCACAAUUCGAGAAGCUUUGCAGACGAAGGAAUACUCAUACAGUACCUGCGGAAUUAAAGGCGAAGACAGGAGGCCGCUGGUAUGGCAUCUUGGCAUUGCCUUCAUGUUGACCGGGCUGGCAGCCUUCGGACUCCGUUGUCUCGAGAGAUUGCGAUCGCACACGUGGGGAUGGGAUGACUGGGCGAUCACCGUAGUGUCAGCCAUACUCAUCCCGAUGGGUUCGUUAUGUAUACCACUUUCAGAAUCUGGCUUGGGACUAGACAUGUGGACUGUGUCACCCAAUAACAUUAACCAGGUUCUUUACUAUUUCUACUGGGAGGAGGUCUUAUACGCCUUCGCACUGGGACUAAACAAGAUCUCCAUCCUGCUCUUCUACCUUCGUGUCUUUCCACAGCAACAUUUUCGAGUCAUGGCAUUCGUCAUGAUAGGUCUCGAAGUUGGAUUCGCUCUAGGGUUCGGUCUCGCGGUCAUUUUCCAGUGCGGGCCUCUGGACGGUGCGUGGAGGAGCUGGGACGGCGAAUAUCAAGCUAAAUGCGUCAACGUAAACUACCUGGGAUGGUCAGGCGCUGGCGUGAACAUCUUCCUGGAUAUAGCGACCCUAAUGUUACCUUUACAUGCCUUGUCAAAGCUUACUAUGAGUCUGAGGAAGAAGAUCCAGAUAUUGGCAAUGUUUGCAGUCGGUUUCUUCGUCACCCUCGUCAGCAUCUUGCGUCUCCGGGCUAUGAUUCAAUUUGGUUCGACCAAGAACGUCACUCAGGAUUACGUUGAGGUCGGCUACUGGUCAACUAUCGAGAUCUCCAUUGGCAUAGUUUGCGCUUGCAUGCCCGCCAUCCGUGCUCUGCUGUCGCACAUCCUUCCAGUCGUUUUCGGCGGAAGCAGCACUGGCGGCAGCGGUGCCCCCACCCAGCCGUACCCGUUCAAAAGCGAGAAAUCCCGACAAACAGGCAAGGCGUCCAACUCAGCCGGGACUUCUGACAUAGGCGCCAAUAAGCGUAAAGUGGAGAGUGGGAAACCUGGCGAACCGGAGCGACGUCGAGCUGGUUGCGCUGGAGAAAAGGCUGGGCCUUAA